AUGGCCCCGGCGCCGCCUCCGCCAGACUCUGUCUCAGUCGGCGGCAUCCCAGCGGGCUAUGGCCGCUCGUGCACCAACUGCUCGCGCGCCAAGUGUCGGUGCAUCUUGAGGCCGGAAGGAGGCAAAUGCGACCGCUGCCACCGCCUGGGCAAAGACUGCCACCAGAUGGUGACGUCGCGCAAGCGCGUGGCCAAGAGGACGACGGCCUCGAGGACCGCGCAGCUGGAGGAAAAGCUCGAUGACCUGGUGUCGAUACUGCGGGCGACGCAGCAGCAACAGCAUCAGCAUCAUCAACACCACCAUGAGGCCCAUCAACCGCAACCGCCGCCGCCACCGCCGCCACAACAACAGCAGCAGCAGCAUCAUGUUCACCUCCAGAAGCAGCAGCAGCAGCAGCCUCCUGUGCCGCCUCCCAUGAGCGGCGUAUCGAGCUGUGACAUCCCUUCGUCAGUAUCGUCUGCUUCAACAUGCCAGCCCUUUACAAGCCGACUUGACUCGCUGGCCGACGCGGCAACAACAUCACAGUCACAGACACACCCUUCCAACCUCACACCUCCUCCGCGUCUGUUGGACAGGCUUCCAGAGCCAGCUCCUAGCGAGGCCGAAGUGUAUCUUGUCAAGUUUCGCCAGUGGCUGGAGUUUUUCCCCUUUAUGCAUCUAAGCCCGGAUCUCACGGCCGAAGCUCUGCAGAGGGAAUCGCCUUUCCUCUGGCUCUGCAUCAUGAACGUCACGAGUAUGUCCAUGCCGCAACAGGCUAUGAUGAGAGACAGGCUGCGCCAAGAAGUUGCGCAACGGAUGAUCCUCAGCCACGAGCGAAGCAUAGAGUUACUUCAAGGCUUGAUAACUCUGAUAUCAUGGGCGGCCAUGAAUGCUGGUGCUGCGAACAAGCCCUUUCUUACCUUGUAUUCGCAUAUAUGUAGCUGCAUCAUCUACGAAUUGAGUCUCACCAGAUUUCCCAACGAAGAGCAAUACUCGACAGUCUGCUUCAAAGCCUGGGGAAGCAAAUCAUCAAACUGCCAGCCUAAAAACCGGACAAUGGAAGAACGGAGGCUCGUGCUUGGCUUCUGGUUCAUCACAUCAGUAUGCGCGGCUUUCCUUGGUAAGAUGGAGCCACUGGCUUGGACGAUGCAUAUGCAAGAGUCGCUGGAGUUAUUGGAGAGUGAGAAGGAAUAUCCAUCAGACGAAACCCUGGUCGCACUGGUGAAACUCCAGCUCGUUGGAGAAGAAGCAAGAAAGCUCAUUGUAAGCGAUUUCGUCGGGCGUGAUUUUGGCAGACUCGAUCCCGAUAAAGCUCCCACGUACGUAUUCAAGAGAAAUCUUCUUUGCCAGCUUCAGAAGAUCCGCGAAACUUUGCCGCCUGGGGCAAUGUCCAAGGCGGUGAUACAAUUGCACAUUUACAGCACCGAAACUCAAAUCCACUCCAUUGGCCUCUUUGGCGGGACAAAAAUCCCAGACUCACCGCGUAUCGACUCCAUGUACGCGGGCCUCCUCGCUGCUCGGGCCUGGUACGAUACCUUGUUUCUCGUGCCACUUACGGAUUUCGUGGGCAUGCCAUUCUCCUUGUAUAUAGAGCUUGCGCAGAUACACGCUCUGCUAUACAGGCUCACGACCAUUGAUGACCCUGCCUGGGACAAGGAGAUUAUGCGCAGUACGGCAGACCUCAGUACGUAUCUGGACAGGACCAUCGACCUGUUUACCAAGGCGGAUGCGCUUUAUCCCCUGAGAGGCGGACCGGAGGAUGUAUCGAUUUUUGGGAAGUGCACAAAGGUCCUUCGCAAUGUGCGCUCAAGCUGGGAACCAGCCAUUUCACAGAACCUAGGGGGGCUCCCAACGCCAAGCAGCCAAGUUGUUCCAGGCACCGCGCCGCAGCAUACUUUGCUAGUCGACCACUCUAUGAUGCCAGAUCCCGAAUUGCCUCCAGACUUUGGUGACAUCAAUUGGAUGACACAAGUAUUUGGGCCCUGGGACUUCUGA